AUGGCGCAGCGACUCUCCACCCUCCCCAAGUUCCUCACAAACCCCAGAUCUCUACGCAUCAUCGGUGCAAAGAGCUCUGCAGGAGGGCCUCGACCAGGCCCCGAAGCUGCACCCGACUCCCUCGUGAGAUUCGGCCUUCUCAACAAUCUCCGUGACCUGCACUACGAUGUUGAUUACAACGAAUGUCUCCCAAAAGACACGUCCGCCCAUGCUGUGCCACAAACAUACCCUCUAGGACUAAACAAUGCACACGCGAUCAGCUCCUUCACCCACUCCCUCAGCGAACAGGUAUACAACCACGCACGACAGGGUAGCAUGGUCCUCACUCUUGGCGGAGACCGCUCCAUCGCCAUUGGGAGCAUCACGGGAGCAGCUAAAGCCACUCGUGAACGGCUGAAUGGUCUUGAAAUGGCUGUCAUUUAUGUUGAUGCCCACGCGGACAUUAAUACCCCUGAGACUAGUGGGAGUGGGAAUGUGCACGGCAUGCCUGUUACUUUCGCGACCGGUGUGGCAAAGAGAUGUUCCACGGGUCUAUUUGACUGGAUUCAACGAGAGCAUUUGGUGAAUGUUGAUCGAUUGGUGUAUAUUGGGUUAAGAGAUGUGGAUGAUGAGGAGUGGAGGAUCAUCCGGGAGAGAGGGAUCAAGGCGUUUGAUAUGCGGGCUGCUAGAGAGAAUGGUAUUCAGAAGAUUAUGGACAUGACCUUGGAUUAUAUUGGGGACGAUACCCCCAUCCAUGUAUCGUUCGACAUCGAUUCGCUGGAUCCGACCGUUGCACCUAGCACUGUUUUCCCGGUUGACGGGAAGCUGUCGCUGGAAGAGGGCAUGGAAAUUGCUCGUCGGGUCCGGGAAACGGGCUCCCUAGUGGCGAUGGAUCUGGUUGAAGUGAAUCCUUCAGUUGAGAGGGAAAGGUUGGAUUUGACGAUGCGGUCGGGGGUUUCGGUGGUGGAGAGUGCUUUGGGAAACUUUGCGCAGUAACUUGCUGGCAAGCACUAUUAUUGGCUGCAUAUUGUCUGGAGAGAUUAUAUUCUCCUUUUCUCUAACUACUGGGGGAAAACAAGAAAUCUGGGACUUCCCAUCGAACCGCUUCAGGAC